AUGGCACCGUCUGCUGUUGCGCUUGCUCCGAGCGCUGUCGACCCGACUUCGGUCGACAACGAAGCUCUGAAAGCGAACGCCAAGGCGCAUGCGGCCAGCGAUUCGGAUACCAAUCUCUGCGAUGCUCCUGUCAUCGACCUCUAUUCAGGAAGCGCCGGGAGCCUCAGCAGCACCUCGACCGAUGACCAAUUACGACUUGACAUCAUCGCGGGUCUGCAGUCUAAUCAACUCGUUAUUCCGGGCAAAGAAAAUGACCCUGAGGACAACAAAUUUGCCUACCGCAAGACACUACCGACCACCAUACUGUAUGAUGAACAGGGUCUCAUCCUUUACGACAAGCUGACUGCAGCGCCCGAAUACUACCUCUACAACGCCGAGCUGCAGAUCCUCAAGGAUCAUGGCUCAGAAAUUGCGCUCAGGAUCUUCGGCCAUCCUACCGUAACAGCAGAGCAGCAGUCCGCGGCCACCACCGGCCACCGAAAUGGCUCGAAACGUGACCGCCAAGAGGCACCAGAGGACGAUGCUUUGCCUCCGCAACGAGACACCACCUCUUCUCCAAAGGAAAGGUGGGGAGACAAUGGCGUCGGCAAACACAACGGAGGUGUCAAUGCCGAAGAGGGCCUUGACGGCGACCGAGCCGUCGGCGCAGGAUCUCUCGUCGAGCUAGGCGCUGGCUCGCUCAAAAAGACAAUCCACCUCCUUCGCGCCCUCAAGCUUCUUCCGGCGCUGGCUUCUGGUGGACCAAGCGUCCACUACUAUGCACUGGACCUCGACAAGGCUGAGUUGGAACGCACAUUGCGCGACCUGCGGUCCCAAGAAGCUACCAAUGAUGAUCAGAACGCAUGGACCAUCCACGCAGGCAAGGUCGGCAUCAACGGCUUGUGGGCCACCUACGAUGCCGGUCUCGAAUUUAUUGGCAAAGGCGGACUUCGCGCUGCAUCGACAGCUGCAGGCGCCCAAGAAGAAGGCCAGAGAUGUCUCCUCUGGCUUGGCUCCAGCAUUGGCAAUUUCGAUCGAAAGUCGGCCGCCGAGUUCCUUGCCAAGACAGCGCGCGAAAGCAUGCGCGCAGGCGAUACCAUGCUCAUCUCGAUCGAUCGGCGCAAUAAGCCGGCCGAUGUUGCACUAGCCUACAACGACCCCGCCGGUCUGACCCGCGACUUUAUCAUCAACGGUCUCGACCAUGCCAACCGGGUCCUCGGUGGCAACGCAAUUGACAGCACCAAGUUCGAGUACUUUGACCGCUACAAUGCACGAGAGGGUCGCCACGAAUCCUACUACCGCGCCACGGAAGCUCAAACAAUCCGAGUCCGAGGCUCGUGCGAAUCUAUUGCUAUCGAGAAGGGCGAGCUGAUCCACAUGGAAGCCAGUUACAAGUUCGGCGAGCGCGAGACGCUCAACCUGUUCGAUUAUGCAGGCCUCCGCGUUAUACAACGUUGGAGCGACAAAACUGACAGGUAUGAUAUCUGGUUGGUCGAGAAGCCCUGCUUUCACUUUUCCAACUCAGCCGCGGACCCUACGCUGGCUGAGACGACAAGUGAGCGUCAGGCUUCUGCCAAGAUCGACAAUGGCUGGGGAGGCAGUGACCUGGACGAAGCUGCUCAAAGGGCUCCCCUGCUUGGGCUGCCUAAUCUCGACGAUUGGAGAACCGUCUGGGACGCCUGGAAUUGUGUCACUCUGACCAUGAUUCCUCACGAUAUGCUACACGAAAAGCCGAUUGACUUGCGUCACAUCUGCUUGUUCUACCUCGGUCACAUUCCGGCAUUCAUCGAUAUCCAUGUGUCCAUGCACCUCGAGCAACCGCACACCAACAAUCGCUUCUCGGCCAUCUUCGAACGUGGCAUCGACCCGCACAUGGACGACGUCACCCAGUGCAAUCCGCACAGCCAAGUGCCAACCAAGCCCGAAGACUGGCCCACGCUGAGAGAGAUCCUCGACUACCAACAGGUGGUCCAAGGUCGGGUCCAGCGGAUCUACGAGGAUGUAGGCCGCGGCGACCUGGUCAUGAACCGGCGACUUGCCAGAAUGCUGUGGAUGACACUCGAGCACGUCAACCUGCAUCUCGAGACUUUGCUCUACAUGCUGCUGCAGUCCCCGAGCACCAGGCCUCCUGCCGGCUUCAUGGCACCAGAUUGGGCCUCGCUGUCCAAGCGAUGGCAAGCCGAGUACGAGAAGGUGGGCGGCAGCCUGGCGCUGGAGCAACGCUUUCACUUUGAAGCUUCGACAGUGGAACUUGGCCAUGAUGACGACGAUAGUCAGGACUUUGACAUUGUUGCAACCCGUCCAACGAGCGACGUUCGGGAUCUCAACAUGCAACUGGGACAGCCAGAGUUCGGUUGGGACAACGAGCAUCCGCGACGUAGGGUCGAAACAAAAGCAUUCUCAAUUUCGGCGCUGCCUAUUUCGAAUGCACAGUACCGAGACUUCCUCUCAGCUACCAACAGUACGGAUGCGCCUUCUUCAUGGAUCAAGAGUGGCGCUGACGGUAGUUUUUCGGUGCGCACCUUUUACGGUGCCGUGGACAUGACCGUGGCGCAACACUGGCCUGUCCAAGCUUCUGGGAAACAGCUGCAAGCGUAUGCUGCCUGGAAGGGAGGUCGGCUGCCGUCCCAUGCCGAGCUCCGCAAACUUAUGGAUGCCCCGCCCGAGGCGCUGGUGCUAGAUCUCAGUGUGCCACCUUUUGACCGAGACAUGGGCAAGGCAGAAGCCGAAACUUGCGACAUUGAUCCUUCAGGCAAGCAGGCGCCGCCGGUGCGAGGUUCAGCUGUUCGAUACGUGCCUGCCGAGGAGCAGUCGGAGGAAGAUAUCAAGUGGAUGCGCGAGGCGCUGGUCAUGGCGCAAGAGGCGCUUGAUGCUAACGAGGUGCCAGUAGGCGGUGUAUUCGUGCGCAAGGGUGAAGUGAUUGCUCGUGGACGUAACCGCACCAACGAACUGAUGAAUGCGACCCGUCACGCAGAGUUGGAGGCCAUCGACCACAUCCUUUCGGUCAUGCCACCCUCUGCGCCCGACUUUGCGGUGGCGCCACACUCGGGGCCUGAGGGAGACAAUCCGUUCAAAGAUACGACGCUCUACGUCACGAUCGAGCCUUGCAUCAUGUGUGGAGCAGCGCUGCGGCAGAUUGGGAUAGGACGGGUUGUGUUUGGCGCCGGCAACGAGCGGUUCGGAGGCAAUGGAAGCGUGCUGGGACUGCAUGACGACGACGCUAUUGUGAGCUCGCCAGGAUACGAAUCGGUGGGUGGGUAUCUACGCGACGAAGCCAUCAUGAUGCUGCGACGAUUCUACGUCACUGAGAACACGAACGCGCCCAAGCCGCAAAACAAAUCUCGACGAGUGCUCAAGACCGAGAUCCACCCUCCAGGGAUUUCGAUGCACGGACCUGGCACGUCGGGCUUGGACAGCGAGUCGGCCGUGAAUACGCCGAGGCGGCGAGGCUCGCAAAAUCCCAGCCAGGGUCAGGCGGCGCCGUCUGCCAACGUCGGAUUCCGCAACUGGCACCCGGUGCCGGCUGCUCUGCCCCGAUACGACUCUGACGGUACGCUGCUACCUGGGCACAACGGCGGAGUGUGGGAGUGGACGAGCACGCCUUUUAUGGCGUACGAAGGCUUUCGACCAUCGGCGCUGUAUCCCGGUUACAGCUCGGACUUUUUUGAUGGCAAGCACAGCGUGGUGAUUGGCGGAAGCUUUGCGACUGCUCCCACGAUUGCGGGCCGACGCACUGUGGUCAACUACUAUCAGACGGCGUAUCCGUACAUUUUCGGCGGAGGGCGCGUUGCCUGGGACAAGUAG